AUUUCCGCUGCGCGAGCGGGGACCCACGUUCUGUAGUCGUGCGCGGAGGCCCGGAACAGCACCGAACUUCCGGCUUCGUGCGACGGAAGUGACAGGAUUGCGGCGCGCGGCGGCGCCGAGCGCGGAGCCGGGGUCGCGAGGAGCGGCGUUAUGUCCGCGCCGGCGGCCGGGGCGCUCCGGGCGCUGAGGCUCGUGCGCUGGGCUUCCCGAAGCCCGCCUCCGCCGCCCAGCGGCCGGGCUCGAGCCCAGCUCGCGGCCGAGGGCGACGAAGAGGAUGAUCCUCACCUGCCCCUUCGGUUUUCCUCCAGCAGAGCCGCGCCGCGCCGCUGGACAGUGAAGCAGUCCCUGGGAACCGGGCAGCAGCGAUCCUGGUGGGUGGUGCUGCCCUUAAGCCUGUCCCUCAUGGGUCUGGUCAUUUGGUGCUUCUUCAGGAAGGAGACCAGCGCGGACCGGUGGUUGAGACGGAUGUUGCUGGAAGAGGUACCGGAGCCUAGCGACACUUCUGAAGAGCCUGGAGCUCCGGUGGCCCACGGGGCGAGGACUUAAUGGGGUGCCAGGAGCGAAGCAACAGACCUCCGCCCUUAGGCUUUGGCGUCGUGCUUGACCGUUUCUGUCCCCGUUAUUACACGCGUCCUGAGACUGAGGGACCUGGAUGACCCACCUGGCCAAGCUGACCCCUUGAAGGCGACACAGGAUGUCAGCAGAUCGGAACCGGCUCCUUGUCUGAUGCUCUUUUCCCAUCGAAUACGUCGGAAAGCUUUCUCAGGUCCAUGGAAAGGUUUAGGUCGCAGCAUGCGCUGUUGGAUUUGUGGUGUCUUCGUACAUUAUCAUGUUUACAAAGCAACGUAGUGACACCUGUAGUCCAGUGUGAUCCACUUUCUGAGACAGAGUGACUGGCAGAAGAGUUAAACAUUGUAUCUUACAGUGUACUGUGAUGUGUAUAAAUCAAUGUUAGUUUAACAAACAAUAAAAUUUUAAGUUGGUAAUGUGAA